AGAGUGGACCAAGCCUCUAAGUAUGCUGUCUCUGAAGCUUUUUCCCUUCAAAAGUCAAGGUAUCCACAGGAGUCUUAUGGUCCCGUGACAGAUUUGGGAACCAUGGAACAGCUGCAAGAUCAUGAUGAGGUCUAUGAGGAAGCCCAAGAGCUGCUCAGGAACUGGAUGAAGUCCAAACUGCAAGUGGAGCUGAUGAGUGAUGGAGAAGAGGAUGUUGACUCUGUGCCCCUGGAGAAGCCUUCUGCAGCCCCCCUGAAGUACAACCAGUUUGAUGACUUGUGCAGCUCUCUGGAAAAUGAAUUGGAAAGUUCUUCUGUCCAAGAAUACCUAGGGCAUCUUUUGCAGAGCAAAGCUGUGAGCUGGAGGAUAGAGCAAAACCUUAGGCUUGAAGACAUCAAGGAGCAAGAAAGACUUGCAGAUCCACGAGUCAUCAUGGAGCUCAGACACAAGCAGGUGAAGGAAAAGCGAGUGAGGCGUCAGAAGGCGUUAGAACUUCAGAGACAAGCAGAAUCCCUCAAGAAACUGGAGCUGUGUGAGGCCAGGCUCAGAGCACAGGAGGAGGAGAGGAGGAAGGCUCUGCUGGCCAAGAAGGAGGAGGAGGAGAUCCGGAGGGAAAUGGUGAAGCUGAGGAAGGAAAUGGCUGAGAAGAGGCACAGCAUGGCAGAAGCCUGGAGAACGAAGGGGGAGAGAAAAGACAAAAGUCAGAAGCUGCCAAUGCAGGAGGGGUCUAUUGCUGCAUCACCAGCCCUUGUCCUGAGAGAGGAGGAGCAAGCAGAGGAGAAACAGAGAAGGGUGCAGGAGCUGCUGCACAGAAUCCACACCAAUAAACAGAAGUGCAUGCAGCAACAUUUCUCUGCUUGGCUGAAAGUCAUGCUGGAGCACAGAGUGAAAAUGGGAAAAGCCAGAGCCCUUGCUGACUGGAGGUGCCAGCUGAAGGCCCUGAGAGCCUGGAGGAACUACACUUGGGCCCAGAAGGUGGAGCAGGAGACACGACAGUUGGAAUUUCACCUCCAAGAGCAAAACAGGAAGAAACGUGUGUCUGUAGAGCACCACCAGCGCCGGCUCCUGCGCGGCUGCUUCCUGGCCUGGCGGCGCUGGAGCCGGGCGGAGACAGAGAAGAGAGAGCUGCAGCUCAGGAGGGAGGAGAUGAGGAGGAAGAUGGCACAGCUCCUGGAGGCCGUGUCACUGGGGAAGGUUAACAAGCCUGGGACAGCAGAAUUAAACCAACACCAAGAUUUGCAGCAAGGCAAGCCAACUGAAACUUGCCUCGUACAGAAUGAAGCUGAGACCAGAGACCACUCUUGUUGGGAUGCUGCUCACACAUCUGAUUCCUACAGAAAAUCCAAAUUUGCCUGGGAGAUGGCCCCAAAACACACAGCCCUGGGUGCCCAGGCUGUGUGCAGGACCCAGGGAGCCACUCUCCCCCAGCAGUCUCAGGCCCCUGGUCCAAAGAGAGCUCCUGCUCCUGGCAGCCAUGGUGAACACCCUCAUGCCUUCCAGCAACAACUGAUGGAGGAGCAGAGGCAGCAGCUUCAGAAACAGCAAAAGCUGAUCCUUGAACUGCAGGAAAAUCAGAGGUUGGGCUGUGCUAAAGAAGAGGCAGCACAAGCCAUGGCUGUAACCCAGACUGAAAACUCUGCUUCACAAACCAGGGAGGAAAAAGCAGAGAGGAAAACCCCAUCCAGGGGCAAGACCAUGACCCAGCUGAGUCCACCUGUUUCUCCUGGGCCAGAACACACAAGGGCAGGGAUACAAGGCAGGAGGCCCUCCAGCCAGCUGACCUCAGUUCACCCCCUCCUGAAAGCCAUGGAGGAGAGAGCAGCUCAGCGUGCGGAGCGGAGGCGGAGACUGGAGGAAGCCAAGCAACAAAGAGAGGAGGAGAAACUGGCCCAGCUGAAGGCUGAAGAGGAAGCACAACAGAGGAAGGAGGCUGAGGAAAAGGAAGCUCAGAAGGAAAAACGACGAGAAGAGAGAAGGCAGCAGAAACUGAAAGAGCUGGAGAAGCAGAGGAGGCUGGAGAAAGAAGAGCAGCUCCAGAAAAAGGCCAGAGAUCACUAUGAGAAGGUCCUGCUCAGAAAGCUGGGAUUGGUGCCAUGGAAAAGGCUGAGGGAGCAAGCUAAGGAGAACCUGGUGGUGGCAGAGAGGCACCACUGCAGGGGCCUGCAGAGGAGAUGCCUGGUGGCCUGGCUGCAGGAGACCCAGAGGAGCCUCAGGGAGAAGGUGGCUGGGGCUGAGGACCUCUACUCCCAGAUGCUGCUGAGACGGGGCCUCAGGAGCUGGCUCAAGUACAAGGAUUAUCUCUCCACUCUGGAGGAGAGAGCAAGUACCCUCCAUGCAGCCUGCCUGAUGAGGAAGUUCUUCUGGGCAUGGUUUGAUCUGGUCAUGGAGGAAAAAUCUACCUUGUGGGAGAAGCUGAAGAUUGCUGCUGAACACAGUAACAAGAGGCUCGUGGUGAAUGCAUUGAAGGCCUGGAGGCAGUACCCAUCACUGAUGAAGAAGGAAAGGGAGAGAGAGGAAAGGAGAAACCAGCUACGCAGGAGAGUAGCUGAAAUUCUCCCCAACUUCCAGACGUGA